AUGGAGAACAAUGACUCCAAGCCCCGCAUAGACCAGUUGUCAUCAGGACGGCAGCCGGGCUGGCAGCUGUGGAUUUCAGAUUUCCAGUCACUCUCUAAGGACAAUGUUUUUGAGAAUAACCGCUUGGCCUUUGAGGUGGCGGAGAGGGAGCUGGGGAUCCCCGCCCUCCUGGACCCCACUGACAUGGUCUCCAUGAGCGUCCCAGACUGCCUCAGCAUCAUGACCUACGUGUCUCAGUAUUACAACCACUUCUCCGGCCCUGGCCACGCGGGAGUGUCACCACCCAGAAAGGACUUGGCACCGCCACCCUCGCCUCCGGAAGCGGCCAUCCCAGUGGAACCGGGAGACUCCACUCAGGAUGGCGAGCACUCCUCGGGCAGCCUGGCGGAGCAGGGCGCCCAUCGCCCCCCCAGCAGCACGUGUGCUGCCUGCCAGCAGCACGUCCACCUGGUGCAGCGGUACCUGGCCGAGGGCAAGCUCUACCACCGGCACUGCUUCCGGUGUCGGCAGUGUUCCAGCACCCUGGUCCCCGGGGCCUACAAGAGCGGGCCCGAGGAAGGCACCUUCGUGUGCACGGAGCACUGUGCCAGGCUGGGCCCAGGGGCACGGUCGGGGGCCAAGCCUGGGCCCCUCGAGCCACCAAAGCAGCUCCAGCCUCAGCUCGGAGAGGAAGCCAGCGGUGUGGAGGGUGGCCACCCCAGCCCUCCCUUGGUGUCAGCGACUGAGGCUGAUGAGCCCAAGGCCCGUGGCACUGAGGCCCAGCCCCAGAUACCCACCAAGCCCUGCAUUGCCAGCAAGCCCCAGGAGCUGGCCAGCCCUCCAGCUGGCCGCCCCACGCCUGCCCCCAGGAAGGCGGCUGAGAGCACAGCCCUGACCCCGCCCACGCCCCGGCCCCGGUCCAGCUUGCAGUAUGAGAGCCUGGUGGAGCCUGGUGGCCUUGUGAACGGGUCCCUGGGAUCCACACCUCUGCUUCCCGGCUGCUCCCCAGGUCCCUGCACCUGGCGACCACAGGGCGGGACACCAGCACCCAGGAAGGACCCCCCAUGGAUCACUCUGGUGCAGGCUGAGCCCAAGAAGAAGCCGGCUCCCCAGCCCCCGAGCAGCAGCCCCGAGCCCCCGAGCCGCCGGCGCGUGGAGAAUGGGGCCACAGAGGAGGGUGCCCCACAGAGUCUGGAGCCCAAGCCCUACAACCCCUUUGAAGAGGAGGAGGGUGGGGAGCAGGAGCCCCCAGCUGUACCCAGCCCAGCCCCUGCCCACAAGGAGUCCACGCCCAAAUCCCUGCACCCCUGGUACGGCAUCACCCCCACCAACAGCCCCAAGACCAAGAAGCGCCUUGCCCCCCGAGCACCCAGCACCUCCCCGCUCGUGGUCCACACCUCCCGCCUCUCACACUCGGAGCCCCCCUCCUCCGCCCCGUCGCCCGCCCUCAGCGUGGAGAGCCUGACCUCCGAGGGUUCCAGCCAGACCACUGGUGGGGAACUUCCAGAGCCCCCCCUGGUGCCCAAGAGCUCCUCGGAGCCCGCCGUCCAUGCGCCCAGCACGCCUGGCAGCUCUGCCAGCCCCUCCGCCCACUCCUCCCUGUCUUCCUCGGGGGAGCUGGCGCAGCCCAGCGCAGAGCAGACGCCCCAGGCUGGGCCCAGCCUCACCACCGACACUAGGGGCAGCCCCGGGGCCCAGGCAGCCAAGCCCUGCACCGGAGCCGCCCCCACCCCACUUGUGCUAGUGGGGGACCGGAGCCCUGCAUUGACCCCCAGAACCUCGUCCCCCCAGCUCCAGGUCAAGUCUUCCUGCAAGGAGAACCCUUUCAACCGGAAAGCAGCACCCACGGCCUCCCCAAGCACAAGGAGGGCCGCCAAGGGCCCCAAGCCAGCAAGACCGCCUGCCCCGGGACAUGGCUUCCCACUCAUCAAGCGCAAGGUCCAGGCUGACCGAUACAUCCCCGAGGAGGAUAUCCAUGGGGAAGUGGAUGCUAUCGAGCGGCAGCUGGACGCCCUAGAGCACCGGGGCGUGCUGCUGGAGGAGAAGCUGCGGGGUGGGCUGAACGAGGGCCGGGAGGACGCCAUGCUGGUGGACUGGUUCAAGCUGAUCCACGAGAAGCACUUGCUGGUGCGGCGUGAGUCCGAGCUGAUCUACAUCUUCAAGCAGCAGAACCUGGAGCAGCGGCAGGCCGAAGUGGAGUAUGAGCUACGGUGCCUCCUCAACAAGCCUGAGAAGGACUGGACGGAGGGGGACCGUGGCCGGGAGAAGGUGCUGAUGCAGGACCUGGUGACCCUCAUUGAGCAGCGCGAUGCCAUCAUCAACUGCCUGGACGAGGACCGGCAGAGGGAGGAAGAGGAGGAUAAGAUGCUGGCAGCCAUGAUCAAGAAGAAAGAGUUCCAGAAGGAGGCUGAGCCCGAGGGCAAGAGGAAGGGCAAGUUCAAGAACAUGAAGGUGCUGAAGCUGCUGGGGAACAAGCGGGAGACCAGGAGCAAGUCCCCCGGGGACCCCCGCCCUCCAGGCACAGACCGGGCGGGCUCCACUGCUGGGCGCACGUGACAGAAAAGAAGACUCUCAGGGAAGGAGCCGCAGGUGACGCCUCUCUCCCCUCAGGGUGCUCCCUCUGAGCCCCGAGGCUGCCCCGGUGGUCCUGAGGGCCCCGGCUGCUGUGACUGGCCCCGAAGAGCAAACCAGCUCUAGGGAGCGGCCGCGGCCAGUCCCGGCCCGAGUGUGUCCUGUCCAGUCCCUGCUGAGAGGGACGGGCCUCCUCCGCCUCCGUGCCAGGUUCCCGUCGUCUCUCCCAGAGCAGGACAGUGGGUGCCCAGCCCGAGCCUCCGUCUCUACCCCCCCGGACUCUGCUUGUGAAGCUGAGCUGGUGAUGAGGUCCGUGCCGGGUCCUCACCCGCCAGCCCGCCUGGCAGGCAGGGCUUGCCUUCUCGCAGCCUCUUGGAAGCUGCUGUGCCAGGACCCGGGGGCCACCAGGUCACAGGCCUUGGGAGGCAGGGUGCCAGUCCUGGCUCUUUAACCCCUUAGAGUCUGACCCCUAAUUCCAGGCCUGCCUCCACCUCCUCAGGUCUGGGUAGCGGCCCCUGCCCUGCACUGCCAUCUGGGCCUGUCCUCCCCCCACCGGGGGCUGACCUGACAGCCGGGUCCUGCAGACUUGGCAGCAAUGCUGUUGUUAUAAGCUGUCUCGGGGCACCUGGAGGGCUCCCCUCACCCACAAUAAAUACAGGUGUCGCCACCA